AUGCAUGACAGGAGACCAUUGGACCUCGACAGCCUCUCAAUCUGUCGAACAAGUAUUCUGGAAGAGAAAGAAGGAAGAGCGUUCUGUGCUGGUGGAGAUGUUGUAGAAAUAAUUCUUUCUAUAAAUGAAGGACAUUGGAGCUUUAGUGCAAGCUUUUAUAAGAAGCAACUUACCUUAGACUAUUUACUUGCAACAUCUACAAAACCUCUGGUUUCACUUAUAAAUGGAAUUGUAAUGGGUGGAGGUACCGGACUCUCUAUGAACUCGAUGUUUCGAGUUGUCACUGAGAACACUGUAUUUGCUAUCCCAGAAGGACAAAUAAGACUUUUCCCAGAUGUUGGUGCAUCGUAUUUCCUUUCUAGGCUCCUAGGAUUUGUUGGAGAAUAUUUAGGACUUACUGGUGCACGAUUAGAUGGAAAUGAAAUGAUUGCUUGUGGUCUUGCAACCCAUUUUGUCCUCUCAAAGGUACUUUCUUUAUUGGAAAAUGCACUAUCUGAGGUGGCUUCUUCAAAUGCAUCAACCAUUUCUAGGGUUAUCAGUGGAUUCUCAAGCAAAAUAUCCUUAAAGAAAGAUAGUGCCUUCAGGAGAUUGGAGACGAUCAACAAAUGUUUCUCAAGGACAGUCGAAGAAAUCCUAUCAAUGCUGGAAAAUGAGGCUGCAAAUGGAGAUAACAAGUGGAUAAUCCAAGCAAUAAGUUCUAUGAAGUCAGCUUCUCCAAUAGGCCUUAAAAUUUUUCUUAAAUUGAUUGAGUUAGGAGAACAGGGGUGCAAAAGCCCCUACAUUGAUCGCAGCAAGUGGUCCAAUGUUCCCUUCAGCCAAAAUCUUUCUAGAACACAACUUGAGUGCCCUAAAUAA